CUCGCAAACCCUCGCGCCACUCUCCCCACCCGCCGCCGCCGCCAUGGACGCCGGCGAGCCCUCCACCUCCGACUCGCUGGUCGUUGCCGCGGAGGCCGCGCAGGGGCCCAAGAGGAAGCCACCCAAGCGCUUCGUCCACACCCCCAUCCCGCCCUCCAUCCUCUCCGACCCCACCCUCGUCGCCGCCGCCACCGACCUCCUCCCGGCCGCGUACAACUUCGAGCUCCCCAAGACGGCCCACCGCAUCCGCUCCUCCGGCGCCCGCCGCGCCGCGCUGCAGCUCCCCGAGGGCUUGCUCCUCUUCUCCCUCCCGCUGUCGCACCUCCUCGCCCCGUUCCUCGAGCCGGACCCCUCGAACGACCUCCUCAUCCUCGCCGAUCCCACCUACGGCGCGUGCUGCCUCGCCGACCGCCCCGCCAAGGCGCUCGCCGCCGACGUCCUCGUCCACUACGGCCACUCCUGCCUCGUUCCCGUCACUUCCUCCCUCCUCCCCGUGCUCUACGUCUUCGUAGAGAUUCAUGUUGACGCGCAGCGCCUCGCCGAUGCUGUCCGCGCCGCCUUCCCGGACCCCGCCGAUGCGCCCCGCAUGGCCAUCGCCGGCACCGUGCAGUUCAUUUCGGCGGUUCACACAGCGAGGGAGAUCCUCACACGUGACGGGUACCAUGACAUCGUCGUGCCACAGGCGAAGCCGCUGUCCUCCGGUGAGGUUCUUGGGUGCACCGCACCUGCCCUGAAAAGGUCUGAAGGGAUCGGAGCGGUGGUGUUUGUAGCAGAUGGGAGGUUCCACCUUGAGGCCUUCAUGAUAGCCAACCCCGGGGUCAAGGCCUACCGCUUUGAUCCAUUCCUGGGUGUGCUUGUGCGUGAGGAAUAUGACCAUGUCGGGAUGAAGCAAGCGAGGAAGGAGGCAGUGCUGGCAGCGAGGAAGGCGAAGAGCUGGGGUGUUAUACUGGGCACGCUGGGGCGGCAGGGGAGUGUAAAGGUUCUCGACCGGGUGGUGGAGCAUUUGGAGGAGAAAGGGCUGGAACAUACAGUAGUGCUCAUGUCAGAGCUAUCCCCAGCAAGGAUGGAGCUGUUUGGGGGUUCAGUGGAUGCGUGGGUGCAGAUUGCAUGCCCACGGUUGUCGAUUGAUUGGGGUGAGGGAUUUACGAAGCCAAUGCUGACAACAUUCGAGUUUGAUGUCGCACUAGGUUACGUUCCCGGAUGGUGGGAGAAGGGGAGCAAUGAAUGUGGCAGUGGAUGCUGUUCAGGAUUAGGAACUUCCACAGAUUGUGGUUGUAGCAAUGGUGGUUGUGCUGACAAGGAUUUUGGAGGGGAAUACCCGAUGGAUUACUAUUCUCAGGAUGGAGGUGAUUGGAACAGCUGCUACAUGAAGAAGAAACCCUCUACUGGAGAGAGAAAGCUGCGAGUUCGGAUUGGCAGCAAUGUUCAAGUUGAGGACAAACAAUAAAGCUAAACAUUGUUGAAAUGAGAUACCAAGAGCAGCUUCAUGUUUGUUUCGGAAGUUUUGACACCAGAGUUAAAUAGUAGUUUUGGUCUUAGCACUGUGGUUCUAUGCGCAAUGCAGAAGUUACGAGUGCUGUGAUAUUUGUAUCUGUACACAGAUGUAAACUACUCGAUCCUGCGGGACACUGUAACACUGUGGUAUUGUCUUCCCAUAAAUAGUGAAAUGGUCCUAGUUUAUGGAGCACAGUUUUGCUAUCUCGAAUUUGCAACCUGAAUAUUGAUGAUCUGAUUGUCAGCUGUACUGUUUUAGAUAGGCAUGCGCGUUGCAAUGGUUUUUUAUUUAGUAUAGUGGAAGGAUUGGGGUUGGGCUG